CUGAUGUGGAAUACCACACAUUUGUUAACGAUGAAUUAGUGCCGACUAAAGCAACUGAUUUACUUCUACCCACUACAGAUGCAGAGAAUUGAUACCGAUUUACUUGACCGAUUAUUCCACAUCCAGAUCCUUCGCCACCCGAGCUCGGAAAAGAUGAUUCAGAGGUUACUAUUUAGGUUACAUCUGUGGUGGUGACGCCCGUCAUUAUUUGCACUAUUAAUAGAUGUCUCUGAACAGUAAUGGGCUGCGCACCUUUGUUAUGACACAUAUUUUCUGCCCACACUGUUAACCCUUCCUUUCAAAUUUGAUCACCUUUUUGGUCACUCAUUUUCAGUGAUGAAAAGCUCAGUCAAAAUGCCAAAGCCUAAUUAAUGUUUAAGUUCUAAACUUAAUGUUUACCAAAUAUUUAUGAGUUUUACACUCAUAUUCAGCAAAAAUCCAUAUUUAUACACCUGACAUCAUGUCAUUGGCCAAACAGUCACAGAAGUGGUUUCCAACUCAUGUUCAAGCCACUGUCCUCCAAGCAACAGACCUGCAACCAAAGGGCAAGAAUGGCACCAAUGAUGCCUACACCAUCAUCCAGUUGGGCAAAGAGAAGUACUCCACUUCAGUGGCAGAAAAGACCCUCAACCCAGCCUGGAAGGAAGAGGCCUCCUUUGAACUGCCAGGGCUGCUAUUGGAGAGCAAUCCAGAGGUUUACGAGCUGUGUCUCACUGUGAUGCACAGGUCCCUAGUUGGGUUGGAUAAAUUUCUGGGCCAAAUACUUAUCAACUUAAAUGAGAUAUUUUCCAAUAAGGAGCAUAGGAAAACUGACUGGUACACUCUAGUCUCACGGCCUGGUAAGAAGCGGAAAGAGCGAGGGAAGAUUCAGGUUAGCAUCCAGUUCAUGCGGAACAACAUGACCGCCAGCAUGUUCGAUUUGUCGAUGCGAGACAAGCCCCGAUCGCCAUUCUCCAAGCUCAAGGAGAAGAUGAAGGGUCGCAAGCACGAUGGUGCCUUUUCAGACACAUCUUCUGCCAUUAUUCCACGCUCCAGGCAGAGUGAGACUGAUUCUCUGCCAGACGAACACCCGCACCCUCGUGUUGCACCUGAACCCAAGCCAAAGCGCUCGCUUCUCGCUGGGACGCAGAAACUUUCUGCUGCUCACUCGAUGUCUGAUCUGAUAGGAAUCCACUUCAGGCCCAAACUCGACUCUAUUAACUCCAUUGAAGAAACUGGGGGCACCGCAUCUCACCAACACUCUCAGAGUGAUGGAUAUGGCUGUGACCCCUUUUCCGACAUCGGAGACAACAUGCCUCAGAAAUAUGCCACUCUCCCGCACAACCGCAAUCCCUUCGAGGGCGAUCAGGGAAUGAUGUUGGGGACUGAGAAGAAAGGGAAGAAGGAGAAGGUUGGUCUUCUGGGUAGAGUGACUGGGAAGAAAGAAGGCAAGAAAACUGGGGCUUGGACAGGCAGCUCUGGUGACCUGCGAUCUCCAAAUCCAUUUACUACUGAAACCUCAAGUGAAACCAACCCUUUUUUCUCACACUUCAGAUCCAGCAGUGACAACGUGAGAAAUCCCACUAGUAAAGAAGAUCUCAUCCAGAGAUUCAAAACCUCCCCUGAGAAGAUUCACGGCAUGAAAAACUCAAGAGAUCAUGAGCCUGAAAAUCUCCAGGCAACUAAGGCGGCCUACAGCAAUCUUUCCUUUGAGGAAGUUGUGCAGGAGCUCAUCAAGCAGAAAGAGGUGGUGAGAAAGAAAGAUGGUCAUAUUCGGGAGCUGGAGGACUACAUUGAUAACCUGCUGGUCAGGGUCAUGGAAGAGACUCCUAGCAUCCUCAGGACACCCUAUGAGCCCAAGAGGAAAGCUGGAAAGAUCUCGAAGAAGUAAAGGAGCCUGGAGUUAGACCUGGCAUAUCUUAACUUCAGAUUUGGCAAAAUGUAUUGCUUGUUAAAGGAGGUUGAAAUGUCGGUUUUAACAGAACGCAAGUGUAUCCGUUCACGCAUGGACACACAAAAGAAUAACCAGAUUUGGGGUCAUUGAAGGACAAUGGACACUAAUUGUGGUGAUGCCAAAAUACCUUUUAUAGAUUUUGAACUCUAGUAUGUUUUUUUAGAGAAUCUUUCGACUGUUGUAGACUGAUACUUGUGAGUGAACCAUUUAAAAAAAUAUUCACAAGUAGCCAGUCAUCAAGGCUUUCUUGUGUGAUGAGACCAAUAUUAUGUUUGUACCGAAAAUGACUGUGUUUCAGUUGACUUUUACUUUGAAUUCAGUCAGUUAAACUGAAUUCAGCACUUAAUACUACUCAGUACAACUGUGUUUUACAAUUAUCAGUUUGCUAUGCCUUUAAUUUGCUAUGACAAAAUUCACACAAACACAAUUGGAUAUUGCUAAAACUGAAACCUGAUACAUUUAGUUACAUGUUUCUCCUAAAGAAUAUGGGGUGAAGCAAGGGAACGUAUAGCUUACUGGGACCACAGUACUUAAUACCUAUUUUAAGUGUAUACUGGAUGUCUGGAAGACCAUAUUGGGUUUAACAGGGUAACUCUCCUUAAGUGUUUUUACACUGUAUAUGUGAUCAGGCUCAUUGUGAUAUUCACAUUUUUGGGGUACCAGUUUGAUUAGUUGCAGGUGGGUACAUGCACUUUUGGUACUUUUUCAAAUGAUUCUUCUAUAAAAUUAUACAUUGGUACAGAAUUACACUACUAAAUAUUUAUUUUGAGCUUUAUUUACAAUGAAAAAAUGUAUGUAUGUGAAUAAUACUUUUCCCUUUUUUAAGUCCAAGACACAAAGUAACUCCCUCUGUAUUAUACAGUGACAUCAAAAGUUUGGAAUGGGCAUCCAAAACACAUGGACUGCCUACAGUUGAAAACACCAAUGUGAGCCAGUCAGUCAGUCCAGCACAGAAGUAUUAUAUAGCCCCUUUAAACAACUUUUAAACUUAAUGGCUACUAAGUUUCCAGAGCCAUAAGCUUCAAUACUAUUUUAGCCCUUGCUAAAUUAAAACCUCCGCAAACAACAGAAUAAUUGGGUUUAUGCUUUUAUCGUUGAAUAGGUGUUAUUCAAAUUAUUAUUAUUUUUUUUUUAAACAUUUCAGUCAUUUUGAUAAAUUACAAUGCAUAGCAUGCUUUAUGCAACAAAAUAAAUAGUAUGAUAGACAGAAACUAGCUAUAGAAUAUUCAAAGAUAAGAAAAUUGUUUACAAAAUGCUUAAGUUUCAAGGCGGUACUCUUCAAAAUACUGCUUUUCCAAUAUUUGUGCUUUUGGAGAGAUUGGCUCAGCAAGACACUUCCUGUACUGCUUACUGUGAUUUUGCUCGUAUCCUGUCAUCUGUAUUGCAUAUCUGGUGAGAAAACACUGGCUUUCAGUCUUUGUAACUAUUUUGCACCUUGGGCUGUUACACUGGAGCAUCUGUAAAGUGAAAUACUGCAAAACAAUGGUGCAUCUUCACACCAGUUACGUGUAUGAAAUAUGUACAUUUGAGUAAAGAAAAAUGGUUGUAAUGGUGAUUAAGUAUAUUAAUGUAUUAUAACCCAUUUUAAAUAUGUUAGGGCUUGAUAUGAAAAUUUAACUUGAUACAGGACAAAUAUUUAGACAAUAAUAUCCCUCGUUUAAAAACAUAAAUAAAUAAAAAAAAAAAAAAAAGCUUUUCAGAAAGCUUUUCAAAUGUAGUUUGUAAAGUACCAUGGUUAAAACACUGUGCUGGUUAGCCAUGCUGGAAAGCAAGUUUCUUCUUUACAUAAUAUUGGGUCACGAUAAGGACGUGUUGUGUUCAUACUGUAAAUUAUUGAUGUCUUGUUUAAUAUGAGUUUUUAUAAGUUAUAUGUACUUACAGUAGAACAUGAAUUUGAAGAGGUUUACAUGGGUAGAAUUUAUGGUUAAAUCAGUCAGUGCCAUUAGCAGUUACACAGUCUUACUGCUGCCAUUACGACCCAUGGCUCAAUGUCCUUUUAUAGGGUCAGUUAGGGUCAAAUUAGAACAUUAUAGAGUUUGUGCAACCAGAAGCUUAAAAAGAAGUCAAAAGUUAGUUGUGUUUUUCAUACAAUAACGUUCAAUAUACGUUUACAUCCUACAUUUUUAAAUUCACUUUUAAUUAUUUUAUAUAUUAUAUUGAUUGAUUAUGAUAUUGGUUAAAAAAAUUUUUUCGUAUUUUUUAACCAAUAUCACACGAGCAAGAGUGCGAUAUGGCCCUAUAUCAGCAUUGCUGUGGGCCGAGGUCGUAGGUAAUCACAACAGUUAUUAUUUAGGGCCAUAUAGCACGAUUGUGAGUGUAAUAUUGCUUAUAUACAACAGUUCAAUGAACAAGUACAGUCAUAAAAAAACGCAUUUGUGCGUGGAACUACUUUCUUGAUGCGUCCAAGCCUCCGUUAGUAAUUAAAACAUUUAACUUCAGAAAUGGUAUUACAGCUUGUGCUGUUUCGAGCAAGUUAUUGGAUAAAUAUGUGUGUGUGUGUGUGUGUGUGUGUUUGAAAGAGAGAGAGGGAAAGAGACUGAGCGUGUGCGAUCACCUGUCAGUUGAUCAGCUUUCUCAGUUGAAAAUUAGCAUCCAAGUGGGGGUAUUUCUCCCUAUUUCGCUGUAGCAGGUGCGCAAGAGUCGAUCACUAUAGAAACCGCAAUGUCCUCCGCCAUUUUAAACGGCACCCAUUGUGUAAUUUAUCAGUCUGUUGUGUCUCAGCUGUGAUGAGCAGUAAUGCUGAAGUUGUUCAUUUAAAGCUGUUUAAAGCUAUUUCCUUGCUUUAGUAAUGUAGUGUAUUAAGUUUAGUAAGCGAUCACGAAGAGCUGUUGUAUGUAAACAGCUGACGCGGAUUCACUUCACGUCACCUAACUAGGUCAUAUUACACACUCAAAUUAUAUUUUGCCACCACCUGCUGGCUAACAUAUGUAAUGUAAAAAAAAAAAAAGACAAACAGAAGCUCUCAACAGAUCUGCACUUCUCUUACACUUUAGUUUAGAAAGGCACGAACACAAGCGGAGUGAUACACACACAAAGUGAAGCAUCAGAGUGCUGAUGGUGUCAGACCAUCCGUGCUCAUGGAACGUCUCUUGUCCAAUCAAAUUCGAGGACCGGAACGGUUGUGUCUCUGUGUGUGUGUUUGUGUAUAUUUUAUAUAUAUAUAUAUACACACACACACAGAUCAGCCACAACAUUAAAACCACCUGCCUAAUAUUGUGUUGGUCUUUUUAUUUUUAAAGCUCACAAUCAAAUAAUGCUAAAAAAUUUGUCAAGAUUUUCUCUACAACUCAUUGUUGACUUCCAUAAACAGUAUGAAUAAUAUUUUUAUCAUAUUCGGCAGAGCAGUUUCUUUUUACGUUUUAACUCUCCUUUUGUCUCGUAGACAAAAGGAGACUGCUAUGCAUCUCUCUUUAGAGAAAUUCUUUGUGCUAUUCUGAAUGUAUUUUGACCAAUCAGCAAUGUCUGUAAUACCAAACAGUGUUGAUCACCAUGUGUACAGUAGAUAUCAUCUAGCAAUUUUUAUCACUUCAAUAUACAGCUGAAAUGAUUCAUUUGUUUUCACUUUCACUCAAACUAGAAUAAGAGGAUGGUAGAUUUGUAUUUUGCUUUACUUUAUCGAGGUUUCACUGUGGUUGAUUAUCAAGAAUGCAAGUUAAUAUGUCAGUCAAACUGAAUUUUCUCAACAGAGGCGAUUUGUUGAGUCCAGUUUGGAUUUUUUUCUUUUAUACAUAGCAGCCUUCUUAGGAUAUUAGACUUUCUCCUUUUUUCCAUUUUGGGUACUGCAAAAUGUUUUAUUUCUCCUCGCUGUUCUGAUGGUUGUUGAUUUUAUUUUAUUUUUUACUUUUCUUUUUAUUGUUUGUCUAGCUAUGUCUAAGCUAAUGCCUAAUGGUUUGUAAUAGUAGUCUUCAUCUUUCUGUAUUGCUGCUAUUUUCCUAAUUGUUAGUUGGAUUUACAUAGAUUUAAUUUAGAUUAUUUUCCUCAAUAAAGGAAAGUAGCAACACAAAAGUACAAAUUAAACAUAUAUGAAAGCCACAGUAUCAACACAAAGUUAAAAUAGAAUAUAUAUCAAUAGUUCUGAGGAAAAAAAAAAGAAUAAUUGUGUCAUUUAUGCAUACAAUCUAUGGUGCUGCAAUUAUGUCUUACAUUUGUACCAGCUUUUCAGCAUUGUAUAUCAUAUAGGUUUGCAUUGGUGUAAACCACUUUUCUAAACUAAUUUAAAUACAUUUUUUUCCUUCAAAAACUUGAAUCUUCAAUAGUAUGUAAAUAACACAACGUAGACUGUGGCAUGAUUGAGUGUAGAAGAAAGAGCUGACUGUAUUGUCCUGUGACUACUGUAUACAAAUGAUGGUAUAGCCCCUUUC